AUGCCUCGUGCUGAACCAGGAACACCAAAAUGGCUAGCCAAUAAAAUGAAGGCAAAAGGCCUUCAGAAGUUGAAGUGGUAUUGUCAAAUGUGUGAGAAACAAUGUAGAGAUGAAAAUGGUUUUAAAUGUCAUAGAUUAUCGGAAACACACCAAAGACAAAUGCAAAUAUUUUGUCAAGAUGCAAAUAAGUUCAUGGAUGAAUAUUCCUCAAUGUUUGAAAAGGAGUUCAUGAGAUUAAUGAAGACUAGAUUUUGCCGAACGCGUAUAUUAGCUAAUACUGUAUACACAAAUUUGAUAAGUGAUAAAACACAUAUACAUAUGAAUGCUACUGUAUGGGUUACUUUAACUGAUUUUGUUCUAUAUUUAGGAAAAACAGGAAAAUGUAAAAUUGAACAUACGGAAAGAGGAUGGUAUUUAGAAUAUAUUGAUAGAGAAAAAAUUGAGAGAGAGAAAUCCUUUCAAGAAAGAAAAAAAAUGGAUUAUUCUUAUGAGCAAUUAAAAGAAAAAAAAAUCAAUAAAGCAAUUGACGAAGCAAAAAAGGAAGGAAAGUUUAUUGAACCAGAAUAUACAGGAAUUGAAAAAAAAAAUGAUGAAAAAAUUGUUAUAUCAUCUAUUAAAACAAAAAGUAAUAAUCAAGUAACUAAACCAAAUGUUAAUAUAUUUUUAACAGCUCUAAAAAAGAGUGAAGAAAAGAAAAAAAAAGCAGAUGAUUUAUUGAAUAAACAAGAUAAUGAAAAAAAGGAAUUGUCAAAAAAAAGACCCUUAUCAUCUUUGGAGUUACUUAUUUUAGAAAAUGAAGAAAAAAAGAAAUUAAAAAAAAGUGUAACAGAUUUAAAUAAUCAUAAAAAUAAUUUCGAUAAAUCUGAAAAAUUUAAUGAAAAGAAUGAAAAAAAAAUAUAUCAAGAACACCAAAAUUAUGAGGAUGAAGAUGAUAUAUGGAUUUGUAAAAAUAUAAUAGUUAAAGUAAUUGAUAAGAAGCAUAAAUAUCAUAACAAAAAAGGUGUCAUAAUUUCAGUAUUUUCGAAUGAUAAAAAAAAAUGUGAAAUAGAAAUGCACAAUAAAGAAAUAUUCACUGCACAUCAAAAGCAACUCCAAACAGUUAUACCAAAAAUUGGAAGACAAGUUUUAAUUUUGAAAGGAAAGUAUAAGGGUACAAAAGGAGAAAUUAAAAAGAUUUUAAGUGAUAAAGAAGCUGUCAUAGUAGCCUUGAAGGAUAAAAAUUUAGAUGAUAUUGUUUCAGAGCACAUGUCAUAUGACGAUGUAAGCAAAUUACAAUAA